AUGAACCGAAUUUUCGGUAAGGCCAAGCCUAAAUCACCUUCUCCAAACUUAUCUGACUGCAUCGGAAAUAUUGAUGCAAGGACAGAAUCUAUUGAUAAGAAAAUCGCAAGACUUGAUGCAGAACUGCUCAAAUACAAGGACCAGAUGAAGAAGAUGAGGGACGGCCCAUCAAAGAACACGGUGAAACAGAAGGCUAUGAGAGUUCUGAAGCAGAAACGGAUGUAUGAAGGUCAAAGAGAUCAGCUAGCUCAGCAGUCCUUUAAUAUGGAACAGGCCAACUAUACCAUCCAGUCACUAAGGGACACAAAAACAACAGUGGAGGCUAUGAAGAUUGGAGCGAAGGAAAUGAAAAAGGCUUAUAAACAAGUGAAAAUAGAUCAAAUUGAGGACCUACAAGACCAGCUGGAAGAUAUGAUGGAAGAGGCCAAUGAAGUACAGGAAGCCCUUAGUCGCAGUUAUGGCACACCUGACAUUGAUGAGGAUGAGCUUGAAGCAGAACUGGAUGCUCUUGGAGAUGAGUUGCUGUUGGACGAUGACACCUCUUACCUGGAUGAAGCCUCAUCUGCCCCUUCCAUACCAGAAGGCAUGCCUAGCGACAGCAAAACCAACAAGGAUGGUGUCCUUGUUGAUGAGUUUGGUUUACCACAGAUUCCUGCCACAUAAGGGAGGGAACGAUGGUGCUCUCUGACAAAGAACAUUUUAUACGAUU